AAGUUGAGACGGCAUUGCUCAAAAAUUAGCCUACAGCCCGUAAGGCGCAUAUUACAAAAAGAAGAAAAGAGAAGGGGACUUGGAGCGAAAGUUCUUUCGGAGAGCGGAGAGUAGCGCGAGCUUGCGAUGCAAUGGGCUCUCCUUCCACCGCCACUCUUGUCCUUCUCUUCACUUUCUGUCUCUCUCUUUUAACCCUCUCACUCGCCACUGACGACGGCGCUAUCCAAGGUGUUGAUCUUGAAAACCCAGUACUAGAUGUCAGCCCAGCACCGCUUUCUACUCCUGGUUCUAAAGAUGUUUUAUUGUGUGAACGAGUACGAGUUUCUGGUAUAUCCAGGCUAAAACUUGGGAGUUAUGCAAGUUCACUUCGAAUUACUUUGUCUCCAUCUCUCGGAAUCCCAGAGAAAUUGUAUAGCAAAAUUGAGGUCUGCUUUCACAGGAAUAAUUCUCUUGUACCAUGUCAGUGUGAAAAGGAUAAUUGGAAAAAUCUUCAGAAAGAGUUGUGGAGCACUGUUAUGUCCCCUUAUGAUGAAAAAUAUAUUGAUGUCAAGUUCAAUGAUGAAAUACCUGGUUCGGUCACCAUUACUGUUGAAGAAGAUUCUCAGAAAUGGCGCCUUGUGUGCCUAGCACUGGGAUUCUUUUUACUAUUGCUGGCACCGAUUGUCAGCAGUUGGGUUCCUUUUUAUUAUAGCAGUUCAAUGGCUAUAGGAGUUUUUCUGGUCAUUAUAAUCCUUCUUUUCCAGGGAAUGAAGUUGUUGCCAACUGGAAGAAAAAAUGUCUUCUAUCUUACUAUCUAUGGAUCACUGCUUGGAGCAGGAUCUUUUCUUUUUCAUCAAUUUUCUGUGCUGGUAAAUUCAAUUCUUCUAAAUUUUGGGCUAAGUGAAGAGAUGCACAACCCAGUCUCAGUAUUUUUACUAGUGGGAAUUAUCCUCGCGGGAGCUGCAUUAGGGUACUGGAUUGUGAGGAGGUUUGUCGUCUCAAAAGAUGGAACAGUAGAUGUUGGUAUAGCCCAAUUUGUUAAGUGGGCGAUGCGCAUAAUUGGAACCACCUCCAUCUUGCAGAGCACUCUCGAUACUCCUUUAGCAGUUGGGGCUUUGGUUUCUUGCUGGAUUAUCUGCAAGCUCAUCAGUUCUCUGAAAUGGCAUCAGUUGGGUGCUGGGAGCGGGAGUCCUUGGCUGCAGCAGGGUAGACAGGUCAAGGGCAGACACGGUCGUCCAGAAUUUCUUAGCAGGUCUAGCCCACAAAAGAAGAACUGGAAGAGUCCAUCGACUCUAUCUGCUUGGUCUGACUCUCCUGUCAAAGGUGUCAUGUCACCAUCCUUUAGGGCACGUAAUCAACAGGAGUACUAUUCAACCUUCCACAAGAUGCAAAGCCGAAAGAAGUUCACAAAGAAAGAGUGGGAUGAUUUCACACAGCAAUCUACCCGCCAAGCUAUAGCAGAAUGGGCAUCAUCUCCUGAAGUCACUGAUUGGAUCAUCGAGCAUGCUGACCGUAUACAACUCCUUCCAAGCGAGAGUUCAGACGAAACCGUGGGAAGUGCAUCAGAUUCUACCGAUGAGAAUGUUGUGGGCACGGAUCGAGUAGGUUUUCUCAAGUGGUAGUGCCGUCUGCAGUUGGCUUAGGUUGUAUUUUGUGUAACUUCUAAGGUAGAUGACACUAAUUUGGACUGCCUCCUUGAAGUAACAGUAGUGGCUGUAUAGAACGGGUAGGAAUGACGUAGUUAAUUUUAUGCACCAGUCAGCAUUCUGGGAAUUUUGGUAAAACUAGUUAACCAUGUCAUAGGAGCAGCUUUUGUCAUACUGCUUGUUUAGGCGUCCGAAGUAAAUUUCUGCUACUAGCUAGCUGAAGGCAAGACACCAUAGAAGGUGCUGUAAGUUCUGAGUUCUGACUGUGGUCGUGUACUGAAUGUGAAUGUGGAAAGGAUUUCAUGUUUCUGUA